GCGCGAAAGCGGCUGGUAGUGCAGUGUGCAUGCACAAAGCAACAAAGGUAAAAUGCAUUUGGAGCCUCAUAUAAAUUGUUAAUGCAACAACAAGUAAUGCAGAAUAAAAACCAAACAAACGAGAAAAUAUUUGUUAAAGUCAGACAUCAGCCAAUUGCCAGUGUCCAGUAACCAUUUCAGCUUAUAUUCGUACGUGUGUAUUUGUCCAACACUGGACUGCAGCUGCAUAACGACCAAACAUGUACAUAUGUACGUACUCUUAUUUGUAGGUAAUUCAGAGAUUCUAGUUUUUCAUCUUUGGCUUUGAUCGUGGAAGAAAAUUGCAGCGCAGAGUUCACACAGCAGAGAAGUGCGGAAAAGGUGAGCUGGGUUGAAAUGAGAGGCGUCGAAGAAAACACCUUGCUAGACUCUAGCAUUUGCAUUUGUGCAGUGAAGUGAGCGGCUUGGCAUAAAAAAACGCAUAGCUUAAAGCUGUUUUUAAUGAAAAGUGAAAUAAUAAAAACUCAGUUGAUUGCAAUGCACUAACGGAGCCAGCAGCAAACUUACAUAAAAGUAAAUACAUCAGAAGAAUCUUGCUAAUUGAAUCAAUUGGUAGCAAGUCAGUAGGAGCAGAGAUUAAUAUUUGUGCUACCGUAACUUUACUACAAAUUUUGGUUGUUAGACAAAAAAAUGGGUAUGAACAAUUUAUCAAUUGAUGGCGAGUUCCGUUACAUCAUACAGUGGUUUAACGAGUGGAGUGAAUUGCAGCGUGAUGAUUUUGUGCCGGUGUUGGUGGAGUAUCUGCUGCAAGGAGAAGCUGGUGCUGGUCAAGUCUAUAUGAACGGGAUGGUGAACUCAGUGGCACAUGCGGGUAUCCAAGAUAAGCCAAUGAGCUUAUUUCAAUGCAGGAUAAAACUUUUCCGAGAAUGGAAUAAAAAAUGGCCUUUAGAACUAAAGUUGAAACUACAAGAGAAAAUUACAGAAAUGGAUUCGAAAGUAGGGGAGAAGAUCGUAAACGAAAUCAAGUCACAUGGCGGCGAACAAUUGAACAUUGCAAUGAAUGGUUUUAACGGUGUCGGAGAAGAUAUAGAAGCACCUACUGAACCUGAGGUGGCCGACGGGGGAAAUUCAACGUCUUUUGGUGUCACUGACGAACUUUCAGAGACAACAGAGGAAGCUACCAACUUGGAUAGCCAAAUUGUAGCAGCAUUGAACAAUGAAACACCGGUUGAUGACAAUAUUACGCCAGCAAAUACAAACAUUAGUACUUCUGAAGUAGGCUCUACCGCUGUCACAGUGAAUUCUUUUAUUGAUACACAACUGCGCUUGGAACCUGCUGAUCAAGAUCUAAUGCAAGCACAAAGCAUAUUCGAAGAAAAUAGUGUAUUGGCUGAUUGUAGCCCAAACACGACUGCCACUGUCGCAUAAAGAUUCCAAUCUAACGUGGAUAAGUUAAAAAAAUAUAUGUAAAA